AUAUUAUAUAUUAACAAUAUCAUGAUAAUUAAACUAAUAAAUUGUAUUAAAAUCAUGGAUAAGUUGACAAAUUUAUAUAUCAUGUCUAACAAAUAUGAAUAUUUUCAAACAUAAUAUUAAAUAGAUUAGAUCAUUUUAUAUAAAACACAUAUAAUCUUGUCAUUAAAAAUAAUAAAAUUUUGAACUGAAAUAAAUUCGGCACUUUUAAAGUGCUGCUAAAAAUCUAGUUAUAUAUUAGAAUUCAUACUUAUCAAUAAAUAUUUGCUUAGUCUAAAAAGUAAUAGUAUCAGAGUGUCAUUGACCAAAAUAUUAUUUACCUAAUUAAAUAUUUGUUGACCAAAAUAAUUUUUUUGACAAUUCAGGCUUCUAAUUAACCCCUUACAAUAACCCCAAAUAUAAAAAGGGGGGGAGGUGUCUACUCCGUAAGAAACAUACUCAAAACAUAAAAUUUCAAAUGAAUAAGAGAGAAUAUAUGUUUUCAGUUUUAGAUUUUGUUUUAGUACUGUUCUUGAUCGCUACCGUUGAUGCCCAGGUUCCUGGAGGUGGAGGGUUCGAUGAAAACUAUGUUGUUACGUGGGGAAAUGUCUUGAAACUCAACCAAGGGAGAGAAGUCCAGCUCUCCAUGGACAAAACUGCAGGUGCUGCUUUUGAGUCUAAACACAAAUUCGGAUCAGGAUUCUUUCAAAUGAGAAUCAAGUUGCCUCCAAAAGAUUCUGCUGGAGUUGUGACAGCUUUUUAUUUGACUUCGAAGGGAGAUACCCACGACGAGGUAGACUUCGAGUUCCUGGGGAAUAGAGAUGGAAAACCGAUACAAAUUCAAACAAAUGUCUUCAACAAUGGUCAAGGAAAUAGAGAACAAAAGUUUGUUCUUUGGUUCGAUCCAUCCACAGAUUUCCACACUUAUGGGAUUCUCUGGAAUCCUUAUCAAAUUGUGUUUUACGUGGACAAAAUUCCAAUACGAAUAUUCAAAAAUAACAAAAAAUAUGGCGUAGGAUAUCCAUCAAAGCCGAUGACAGUGAUUGCUAGUCUGUGGAACGGUGAGGGAUGGGCAACAGACGGUGGUAAGGCCAAAAUUAAUUGGUCAUAUGCUCCUUUUAAAGCCAAUUUUCAAAGUUUUUCUGAUUCUGGUUGUCACGCGGAUGGUGGGAACAUUAACGCGGAAGCAUGUGGUUCAACAACCUACUACUGGAAUACGAUCCAAUAUAGUAGGUUAAGUGCAAAUGAAACUACGGCAUUCAAGAAUGUGAGAGCGAAGUACGUGACAUACGAUUAUUGUUCUGAUAAGCGUAGGUUUCCUGUUCCUCCUACGGAAUGUCGAUUGAAUCAGUGAUGGGUAUCUGAAAAAGAUUAUUAAAAAAAAGUAUCAGACUAGUGCUUGCUAUCUAAUAUAUCUUUAGAAUUUAAAAUAAUUUUCAAUAAAAAUGAUAUUACUAGUAA